AUGCUCGCUCCUCACCACACUCCCAGCGUCUCCAGCUCUCGUCCCAAGCCGAAACUCACCUCCACCGAGUCCUCUUUCUCCAGAUACUCUGAUCUCCUCUUGUCCUCCAAGGAAAACAAGCAGCUUUUGAAGUUCUACGAGAAGGACAAGCUUCCUGCCUACGAGACUGUUGCCUUGAAUGUGGCCAAGGGCCUCUGCAGCAAAGACGCCAGCGACAGCUCUCCUCCAGUUUCCUUGCUCUCUUCGCUGCUACUGCUGUCCAACUACUACCCACGAAUCUCCUUCGACACUGUUAACAUCAGCUACUCUCCUCUUCCCCAAUAUGACUUCUACUUCCACUACGACGACACCAAGGAUCGUGAGCAGGCCAAAGCAAAGGGCUUGAUCUACGAGUCUGACUCCACUGUUGUCUCCAACUUCUCCAGCACAAAAAGAGUCCUCAGUCCGGACCAAAGAAGAAUGUUUCGUGAUAUCAGAAGAUCCUUUCUAUCCCCCUCUAACGUCGACGAAGAUGGCCUACCCAUCUCCGAAAACCAACUUAAUCUCCUGGACCAUCUGGAAAAGACCUAUGUCUACACAAAAACUCACAAAGACUUUCAAAAAAUAUAUGCAAAUAACGACCAUGAGAAUCGAAAUGGCUCCAAUAAAGUCUCUGUAUUGCCUGGCAGAGUCCUAAUAGUUUACAUCUCUGGAAGAAGACAUACCUGGGUGGCUCUAGACUGGGUCUUGAACAAACUACUCGAAGAUGGUGACACCUUGAUAAUUCUAUCCACUAUUCCUGAACAAUUGCUAAACGACAUCAAAGUCAAAAAAAAACCAUCAAAACUCAACAACCACUCCACCUGCGACUCUCGUGGUAGAGGCAGGUAUUCUUCACCCUCAGCAUCAGCAUCAGCAUCAGCAACAGCAACAGCAACCUCCAGAUCAAGAUCAAGAUACAUUUCUCCCCCCAUUCGCCAAAACAACCACAGAUCAAAAACACCUGCCGAACCUCUCAUUAGAAGUGUUUUAAGCUCAACUGAUUUGCCUGCUGUUGCCUUGACUCAGCAAGAAAAAGAAGACCAACAAAAGAUCUACUACGACCAUACUUAUCCCAUCAAAAAAGUCGCUGAUAAAAUCAUGGACUACGCCUUGAAACUAAUCAACCCAAAUCUAGUCGUCAAAAUCCUAUUGGAAUUCGCCAUUGGUGAUACAAAAACAAUUAUAGCAAAGGCUCUAGAACUAUACACCCCAAGUUUCUUGGUCGUUUCAAUUAAACCAAAAGUCAAUAUAGAAUCAAAAAAAAAAUGGGCAACUUCAAGAUUAUCUGACAGAUUAGUCAAAAACUAUCACUGUCCAAUUAUAAUCGUUCCCGCCUUAAAAAUGGAUAGAUUUGAACUAAAUUUAUUCAAAUCAUUAAACAAAAAAUAUUCUUCCUUCUCCUCCUCCUCUUCUUCAAAAAAUCAAAAUGCCCAAACUGCUCCAAAUUCUCAAACUGCUCCAAAUGCCCCCAAUACCCAAGAUGGUCAACCUAAAAAAUCUAAAAAACCUACUCUAACUCAAGAAGAAAUUCAAGACCCAAAAAACGUCGUUAUUCCAAAACACAUCAACGAAGGAAUAGCAAAAUCUGCUCCUGCAAUUGUCUUGAGCUCAGAAAACAAAAACAUCAAUAACAUCUCAUUUCAACUACUAUCCCCCAGCGGUGAAACUAAAAACAUACUAGAGAGUCUUUCCAGCGAUGAAAGCGAACUGAGUGGAAGUGAAGCUGACAACAAAGAUGAUAAUCUAUCUGAGCCUGACUCCGACUCUGACUCUGAAUUUGAAAACAAUCAAACAGAAACUGAUAGCACUUUUGAUAACACCAUUUCUUCCGCUGAAGAUAGCGAAGAAGAUCACCCAUUCAUAUCCUCCAAAUUGAAAGAAACUGAUUCAGAUGACCUCAUAACUAAACGAAUCGAAUCUCGUGUUGAUCUCUAUGAAGUAAGGCUAAAAAGAAAAUUGAAAAAAAUAAAUCUAGCUCAAACUGAUGAUAAAGGCGAAAAGCUAAUCAAUGAAGAUUAUUUUGUUCAAAAACUAGAAACGAUUUCAGAUUGUUGUCUAUACUUGUCCAAAGACUUAAAAAGACUCAUCAAAAAACUACCUCCCUCCAGUGAAGGCGCAAAACUAGUCAGAAGCAUAACUGGAGAUGUUACAGGUGCAACUAGAACAUUCAAACCAAUGAUUAUUGAGCCAAAACCAGUUCCUGCAAGUCUACUAGUCCCCAAAAAGGCCUCUGCCAUUCAAUUUGACUUGACUGCAAAACCGUCUCUAGAAAAAGCAAGCAACAUUCUCAGACCUACUUUAGGUGAAAGAUCAAAAUCGGUUGAUUAUUAUACCAAGGGAUCCACUUCUCAAAAAACAGACAGAGCCAGAUCUGAAAAGACUUCAAAUGAAAUUGAAAAUCGUAGAGACAGAUUUUUUAGAUCUGUUUCUCCCACACAUAUAGAAACCAACACUACCUCUACUACCGGCUCUACUGUUGCUCCUGGUGUUUCCCCUACUAUUUCUUCUACUGUUGUUCCUAGUGUUGUUCCUGAAUCUGAUUCUGAGACCACCACUGAUGAAGAUAGAAAGGGAGGGAGAAGAAAAAGCUUUUUACUGAAAUUUUUCCGAAAGAGAAAAUAA